UGUGAAUUUUCUUUUCUUUUUUUAGAUUUUGAAAAAUUAUUAGGUGUCAUAAGUACAGGCAACAUGCCAGAUAUGAUUCAAACUGGUAGAUUUCGAUGUUAUCCAAAGAUCCUGCAUUUAGUGUUGUUAUCUAUUCUUCUUGGAACUUUUGUGUAUGUGUUUUCAAUUAAUAAAUAUUUUUCGAAAAUUGAUGUCCAAUCUAAAGCUGUUGCACCAGAAGGACUUCGAAUUAAAGGGAAAAAUUUCACACUUCGAAAAAAGCCAUUUAGAAUAUUAAGUGGAUCGUUGCACUACUUCCGUGUUCCUUUUUCGGAUUGGGAUGACAGGUUGCUUAAAAUGAAGUCAAUGGGACUAAACACUGUGGAUAUAUACAUCCCAUGGAAUUUACAUGAACCAGUUCCAGGACAAUUUACAUUUGAAGAUAAUUUGGAUAUAGGAUCUUUUUUAAGAGUUGUUGCAGCUUAUGACAUGUGGGCAAUUGUUCGUCCUGGUCCGUAUAUAUGUUCAGAAUGGGAUCUUGGUGGAUUACCAAGUUGGUUACUAAGAGACGAAAAAAUGAAGUUACGUUCAACAUAUCCUCCUUUCAUGAGUGCUGUCACUCGAUAUUUUAACAAACUCCUUCCUCUUAUUGUCCCUUUUCAAUUUAGUCAUGUUGGUCCAAUAAUUGCAUUCCAAAUUGAAAACGAGUAUGGCGUUUAUGGAGAAGAUAUUGAAUAUCUUAAGGCGUUAAAACAACUUUAUGAAGAUAAUAAACUAAGCGAGAUGUUCUUUGUUUGUGAUAAUGAAGAUGGUUUGGGAAAAUAUAAAUUAGAUGGAGUGUUACAAACGAUUAAUUUCAUGUCGAAAAACUCGAAACGGAUGAUGGACAAGCUGCUUGAAUUCCAGCCAGAUAAACCAAUUUUUGUGACAGAAUUCUGGGAUGGUUGGUUUAAUCAUUGGGGUGAAAAAUAUCACAAAGUUGAUGAACACAAACUUGCAAACACGGUGAAAGAAAUGUUACAAAGAGGAGCAUCAUUCAACCUUUACAUGUGGCAUGGUGGUACAAAUUUUGGUUUUAUGAAUGGUGCCAAUGCAAAUGAUGACGGUUCAAAUUAUCAAUGCGAUAUCACAAGUUAUGAUUAUGAUGCUCCUGUAUCAGAAACAGGUGUUUUACGUUCGAAAUUCGAAACUUUAAAAGAUGUCAUUAAAAAGCAUUCUCCUCCAGGGAUAGUUCCAAAAAUGUUGCCAUGGGUACAAGAUCAUGAUGGCUACACUGCAUAUGGUGAUAUUAAAUUCAGCAGCUACAUUCCAUUAGAAGAUAUUAAAACGAAGAAUCUUAUUAGUGCAAUUUUGCGCCGAAACCCUUGCAGUAUGGAGAUGCUACCGAUAAAUAACAACGCAGGUCAAUCGUAUGGGUAUGUUUUAUAUGAAAGUGAAGUUCAACAACCAGGAACAUCGUUAAUGAUUUCAAAAGUAAAAGAUUUUGCUGUGGUUUUAAUUAACGGUCAAGUGGUUUAUACAAGUAGCAGUAAAUUCGAACCCAAUAUCAAAGUCAAUGUUGAUGGACAUUUUAAAAGUGGCGUUGUUAACACGAUUCAAAUACUCGUCGAAAAUUCUGGCAGGGUGAAUUAUGGGAAAGAUAUAAAUAACCAAAGAAAAGGAAUUCUUGGAAAGGUUGAGCUAGAUAAUAAUCUCAUAUCAAAUUGGAAAAUUUAUCCAUUAGAAUUUCGUUCCGAUUGGAUCACGAAGUUAUCGAAAGACGAGUCAGCUUGGAACACAUUCGGCACGAAAGAUAAAAAGACAACAUUUCAAACGAAAGUACCAACUAUAUACAGAGGCAACAUGUUCGUUCAUAGUUUUCCACGUGAUACAACCCUCAAGCUACCUGGUUGGUUUAAAGGCGUAGUGUUUGUCAAUGGGCAUAAUAUUGGACGAUAUUGGAACAUUGGUCCACAGAAGACAUUGUUUGUGCCCAACAUGUGGUUGUUUCGAAAUAAUAACACAGUAAUUCUGUUCGACAUGCAUGGAACUCCUACGGUGACUAAAGACUAUCCCACAAUUGAGUCGACGUAUGAACACGACUUAGGUGAAAAAGAUGCUGUUGAAUUCUUGCUUUAGCUGCACCUGUAAAAGUGGGUGCGUACAUCACAUAUUACGACACAACGCUCCCGCGUUUCUCAUAGUUUUUCAUGGAAACGAAGAAAACGUCACCUCUUUAAUCUGAUAUGAGGUGCUUGCAUGAGAGACUGUAAAUCCACGAUGGCAACAUAUACGCCAUGUUUCUCAGGCUGAUGAAAAUGUCAAGUUUAUAUGAAACAUUACGACGUUGGACAUUUUACCAUCAUCAACAGGGAUAAAUUCUUACAAAUUGAGCAAAAAAAUUUCAACAGAAGCCAAAAAAUGAAAAUGGUUUUAGUCCACGGAUAUGACUACCCGUCACGACACAGAAAUAAAAAACGACAUUUCAAGUCGUGUUGGGACGAUUUGAAAUGCCUUUUUUAUAAUUUUUAAAAUUAUUAUCUUGACGUCACUACAAAGCUGUAUACAUUUCUUUUAUAAGAACCAUAUGAAAUUUGACUUCAUCUUUAUCGAAAUAGAUUUUAAUCUAAACCAGUACCAAAAUUUCUGCUCCGCUUCAUAUUACAUAUUAAUAUGCGCAAAAUAUUCAAUCGGCAUAAUGAAGGCGAUUAAUUACAAGCUUUUCGUCAUUUUUGCUCACCCGUACGAGUGGAUAAUUACGGUUUUUAAACUUAAAUUUGUUUUAGAUCUUACAACGAACAUUAUAUAUAUUUAUUGAUUGUAUUAUUUAUUUCCAACAUUAAAUUUUUGAUCUUAUUGUCUUAUUUGUUUUGU